AACGAUUAUCCAGUAGCUAAUACUUGUAGAUCGGUGACACAACAUUCUCUAAUCUUGAGCAAGAUUCUUAUCCAAAGUUGAGCUAAUUUUUCUAUUCCUUCAACCCAAUCUCAACUUGAUCAUCUCAUGGACCUUGCCUUUAAAUAUUAUUACUAUGUUAUAUUCACACGAUUAGCUCCAAUAUAAUAUCAAUGCCAUCGGUUCAAGAGGUCUACAAGAUUCUGGCUGACCUAAAGGUCCUAAACCAAGAUGUGGCCAAUACCAUUACUACAAACGGCCUACAUGUAUCUUGGAACGAAGGACUAAAGUCUAUAGCUAAUCUCUAUUUAGAGAAUACCACCAAGACUUUGAAUUUAUUUGAAAAGUUCAUGUACACGGAGGAGGUCGUGACACAAUAUGUGUGUCAAGUUAAUGUUUACUGGGAUCAUGUCACCACCAACUGGGAUCAUGUCACCACCAAGACUAGGAAGUUAUCUGAAAAGUUCAUGUACACGGACGAGUUCGCGACACAGUAUGAGUCUGUUUACAGGGAUCAUGUCAUGCUCUUAGGAAAGAUCCGUGAGCUAGAAGUAGUGCUCGAGAAGAAGUAUAAGCAUGCAAAGAGAAAAAGGAUAAUGAAGUUUGGUUUUGGCGCGGUUAUCUUUAUCCCUUGUUUCGUCGUAGCGGUCGUAGGCCAAUUAAAUCCCGCGUUUGGAAUGGCUGGCCAGGGAGGGGAAAGGGGCGUUGAGGUGGCGAAGAAGCUCUAUAAAUUGACGAUGGAAGAAGAUAAUUCUAUGGAGACGACAUUGUUAGGUUUGUCUCGGUUGAUUGGAAACACAACAAAAGGCAACAUUGAAGCGAUGGAGAAGAUAAAGAGCCACAGUUGAAGAUUAAGUAUUUAGUCUUUAAUUAUUGUGUCUAUGCAAAUAAUGGUGUGAAUGGCUUCCCAAUUUGUAAUAGAACCAUAUUACCACUCUCUCAUUUCUUUGUUGUUUGUUUCAUGUAUUUUGCUUCUAUGUAGAUUAUUGUGUUCUUGUUCUCGAUUAGUGUCACCCAACUUUGAAUGUAUUGUGUGGUAACUAUCAAUGUAUUUUAAGUGUUUGAAUCAUGAGUCACUAAUAUGUUGGCUAAGAGAGCGCAUGAUGUUUCGACUUAAGUUUCUAAUAAAAUUCUCUCACUUU